AUGACUGCAUAUGAUCUUCUUUCAUGGUCGAAAUCAGUCGAUCUGGCUGAACAAUAUCAAUAUUAUAUCAAUCAACAAAGUCAGUUAUCCAUGUCGAGUAAAAUAUUCUUCAAUUGUACACAACCAUGGUUUGGAACUCGAUGCCAGUAUUUUUUGGAAUUAAACGAUUCAAUUAUUUUGACAGAUAUUGAUUUAAUGAGUUCUUCGAUCAUUACUCAGACAUGCUAUAUACUUCUAGAUUGUGUUCGUGGUGGUCCAUUGAUGUGUCUCGAUUGGCGUGAGGUGUGCGAUGGUCGAAUUGAUUGUCUCAACGGUGCUAUUGACGAAAUGGAAUGUUUCAAUUUAGAAAUAAACGAAUGUGGUCCGGAUGAGUAUCGAUGUCACAAUGGUUUGUGUAUUUCGAAAAUCUUCUGGAAAAAUGAAGAAGAUACUGCUGAAUGUCUUGACCAGUCAGAUUUGUGGUACGAAUUUGAAUGUCCAACGUCAUUGUUUACAUUUAAUGCAUUUAGCAUGUUUGAAUGUGAAGAAUAUUCAUGUAAACCGGGUGAACGACAAUUUUCAUGUGGAGAUGGGCAAUGUGUUGAAGAUUUUGAUGCAUGUCAAAAUGGUCGUCAUCUGUUACUUGUUCAGUCGAUGAUUAAACUAGGAAAUUUAUCGGAUUAUUGCUGGAUAGUAAUGGCUUGUCUGAGUAAAAUUACCGAUCAGAUCGAUGGGAAAUUAUGCGAACAAAUUUUUAAGACGACUCUUAUUCUUAAUCAGCUACAAUUAUGUGAUGAUCUUACUCAAUUCCCAACAAUUCCUGUUCUUUUUGGUCACGUACAUUUUUUGUAUGCUCCAAAAAAUAUAUCCUAUGUAAAUAUCGAUUUAGCUUUUGUACCUGAUUAUGUUUGCUAUGAUGAACAAAUGUGCCAUUUUCUCAUUCCUACAUUUCAUCAUGAAAUUCAUGCUUGUCGACAUAGUCAUGAGAUGGGUUUGAAAUCAAAUGUGACAUAA